CUGUCUUCCUCCCCCUCAGUCCUGUUUUUAGAAAGCCUAGAGGAGGUGGCUGCUGCUGAGACACCAAGUCCUCCCCAGAGUCCUCAGGUUUCCUGCCCCUCCCUCCAUGCCUUGGCAACCUUUCCAUGGAGCCAUCCUGAAGAUGAGAGCUCCAGCAGCCACGAGGAGGCGGGUCCAAACACUGAGGGAGGCCCUGAAGAUGAUGGUGAUACCUUGCUCCAAAAAGCACUGCAUUCAAAGAUGAUGGAAAUGGUGGAGUUCCUGCUCCGGAAAUAUUGCGCAAAGGAGCCAACAACCAAGGCAGAAAUGCAGAGUAGUGUCAUCAAAGAGUACCAUGAGCACUUCCCUGAGAUCUUCAGUGCAGCCACUGAGGUCAUGAAGCUGGUCUUUGGUGUAGUUGCGGAGGAAGUCGACCCGAGUGCCCACACCUAUGUAAUGGUCACCGCCUUGGGGCUCACCUAUGACGGAAUGGUGAGCGAUGAGAGCAGAUAUCCUAACACCGGCCUCCUCGUCACACUCCUCUGGGUGAUUGCUUCGGAGGGAGAUUGUGCCCCUGAGGAGAAAGUCUGGGAAACACUGAAUAUUAUAGGGCUGCAUGAUGGGAAAUUGCAUUGGCUGUAUGGGGAGCCCAGGGAGCUCAUCACUAAAAUUUGGGUGCAGGAACAGUACCUGGUGUAUAGACAGGUGCCCAAUAGCGAUCCUCCAUGCUAUGAGUUCCUGUGGGGUCCCAGGGCCCACACAGAGACCACGACAUCGCAAGCCCUUAGCUUUGUGCUCAGGGUUAAUGACAGAGAUCCCCGUUCUCUCCCAUUCCUGCCUGAAGGGCCUGAGUGUAAUGAGAACCCAUGUGCCUGAGCCAGAGUUGCACCCAGGCACUUUUCAGGCCCUUGUGUAUUAACUUUAUUUGAUGGGCAUAAAGUGCAUUCUAUUUUCAACUCUGUGUUUGAGGAGAAAGCAGUAGUGAGGCCUAGGGAAUGAUUUGGGCUCCUAUGAUAAUUGAGUAAUUUAUGCUAUAUUACUUUGUGAAUUUUUAAGGAAAUUUUCUAAUGUUCGUCCUUUUCAUGGAAGUUUUCAUAAGCUGUUAGCAUGUAAGUUUGUAAAUGACAUUGGUCACAUAUAUAUUUGUACAUGUCCAGCUCAAGCGUAAGAGAUUUGCUACUGUGUAACGCAAUUUGGGACACUUCCCAUCCUAGUUAAUGAUCCCGAACUAGAUAACAUGGCAUGAUAAAAGGAUUUCAUUGGAAAUGUGAAAAAAACUCGGCAGUACAAUCAAUGGAGUCAAGAAAUAAAAAAUAAAAG